AUGACCCAAUGUAAAUUAUUUGUGUUGACACUCUUUGCCUUUGUUAUGUUAUUUAAUUUGACAACUGCCGAAAAAUACCAUAAAAACAUUGAUCCACUCAACUUUCUGGCCCCUUCAUCCAACACUGACGAAUCUAUUUUGAAAUCGAUUGAUUUGCCUCAAAUCUGGGAAGUCUUUGAAAAAGUCUUCGAGGGAAUCUAUAACAACAAAAAGAAUCUCUUUGACACAAAACAUCUUCAAAAGGGUGAACGUCGUAUCCUUGAAAUCGCUGUUUUACCUUCCAAACGCAAAUAUACGAUCACUCUCGAACGUCUUAAAGAUCGUAGCUAUGGUCAGACUUUUGAGAUAAUCGUUGAACCUCACGAUAGAGAAGAGGACAAACGAGAUUAUACAAUUGUAAUUCCAUUCCGCGGAGAAUUUGAUGCAAACGAAGGAUCUAAUGACGAUUCAAACAAAUUUAAUUCACCGUUCUUUGCCGAACAAUUCGGUGGAAAACACUAUUCCAAACAUCAUUCAGACGAUUACAAGGAAAGUAUCGCCGAAAUUUUCGAUCACAUCUUCCAUAGCGACCAUAAACUUUUUUCGGAUGACUUGGAAGGUGAAGCGUGUCGCCGUACUAGGGAAUAUGAAUUUGCUAUUCUCCCAUCCUACGAGAAAUGGAGAUUGAUUGUUAAGCGUAAGGGAAAAACUCCUUAUGGUCCCUUAUAUAAACUGACUUCCUCUUCGGAGGAAGUUGUCGAGAAACAUGAGUUCAGUUUCAUUGUUCCUGAUGAUGAUGACAAGCAUCGCCGACACCGUUGUGAAUAG